ACGUCGCUGACUGGCAACAGCCUUGGAUUUUCAUCAAGUGAUGGAAUGGGGCGGUGUAGGGUGCAACUAUGAUAACAGCGACACACUGUAGGCUAAUAUUGUGCAGUUAGGUUUACUACGCUCAGUUGUGUCAUUCGCUCGAGUUCGUGAACUUGUGGUUUUGGCAUCAUCCAGAUGGCGUGGACUGAUUUCUUCUCGCAUCCACUGUGGGCUUUUUCCACGCUGGUCUUUGGGCUCGUCCUGCGCUCACAACGGAGGGGACCAUGGAAUCCGCGCGCGUGUCCCGUGGAACUUAAAGGGAAGACAGCCAUCGUCACUGGGGCGAAUACUGGAAUAGGAAAGUUUACUGCCCUGGACUUUGCGCGGCGGGGCGCUCGUGUAAUCCUCGCGUGCCGAAACGAGGCGAGAGGUUCCGCGGCUCUACAAGAGAUUCGUCGCCUUUCCGGGAACCAGGACGUGCACCUGUGCCUGUUGGACACCUCCUCCCUUGCCUCCGUCAGGGCCUUCGCGGAGGGCAUCCUGCGCCAGGAGAAGCAGCUCCACAUACUGGUUAACAAUGCCGGGGCCACAGGCCUGAGCAGACAGAUCACUCCUGAUGGGCUGGAAAUUUCCUUUGCCACCAAUCAUCUGGGGCCCUUCCUGCUCACCAACCUGCUAUUGGACCUGAUGAAAAGUUCGGCCCCGGCGCGCAUUGUGAACGUUUCCUCCUUCACUCACUGGAGAGGCGAGGUCAACUUUGCGCAUUUCCGUGGGGACAACCUGACCUACACGAUGGACAGCAUUUACAACCACACCAAACUCCACAACAUCAUCUGCACCAACGAGCUGGCCCGGCGGCUGCAAGGCACAGGAGUGACGGCAAAUUCCCUGCACCCGGGUGUAGUGAUGACUGAAGUGAUGAGGAACUACAGCUGGCUGGUCAGGUUCGUCUUCAACAUGGUGGGAAUCUUCUUCCUCAAGUCGGCCGAGGAGGGGGCUGUCACCACCAUCUACUGCGCCGUGUCCGAGGAUGUGGAGGGGAUCACUGGGAAGUACUUCGACAGUGACUGCUCCCUCGUCCUCCCCGCCCCCUUGGCCCGAGACCCCGCCCUGGCCGCCAAGGACUUUGACAUUUGUGAGAGAUUGACAGCCAAGCUGUGAGCUCACUGCUGGAGAGGAUAGGGAGGAGGAGGAGGAGGAGGAGGAGGAGGAGGAGGAGCCUGGGCAGUAGCUGGAUCCCGCUCUGAAACCACCAACUUUCAACCAUACAUUUUCCACACAGCACUUCAGAGUCAACCUUGGCCCUGUUUCAUGAAGCAGGAUUACUGAGCAAAAACACGGACCACACACAAAUCUGGAACAUGGACAGCAAUAGAAAGAGCUUUACUCUAACUCUGUAAUCCUGCUUUGUGAUACAGUUGAUCUCAUGAUGUAGCCAAAGGAAAACAUGGCACACAAGCCACAGAUUUGGAAUAUAGGGGACAGGCCUUGAAAGAGAGUCUUUCAAAUGGUGACUGAAAAUGGAGCCUUAAUUUCAAUACCAAAACCAUUUGUACUUUGCUAAAAGCUCUGGGGGGUAUUUCACAAAGCAGGAUUACUGAGUAUGCUGGAUAACUGCACUGAGUAAAGCCCAGAACAGCUCUUUUUACUUAGGUCUAUGCUCCAGAUUUGGGAGGGUUCCAGGUUUCACUCAGUGCAGUUAUCCAGUAACUCCACUAAUCCAGUAUCCAGUUAAUUCCACUUUAAGCAGGCUGGCACAAUGUUAAAUAGGGCCCUGCUCCUGGUUUUAAAGGUAUACUAUGCAGGAUGAUUCUAUCUGUUGCAGACUACCAUGUGAUAGCAAUCAGCCAAGACGACUGUGGUCUGUAUUGUAAGUUGCAAUAUCACACGAGGAAGCAAGAUAUUUGUUUACUUGUUUAAUGAACAACUGCUGGUACAUUAUCUUCUGAUGUCAUCUCCCUUCACUCCCUCCGCCCUCUCGCGGCACCCUAGCAUUUAUAGGCAAUGUAUUCCUGCGAACCAUAAAGUAGUCCCACAACACAUGGUCUAAUAUGAUUCAUGAAACAUCGACUCUGUCACUUUCCACACAAGCCAUUUCACUGACGUUACUCUAACACCAGGGGAUUUCAGUCUGCUCUCGUGUGCCUGGAAGGAAGCAUUGUACAAUUCUGUAACAUAAGCGUGCAUACUCACUAACACAUCGAUUUAUUUUCAUCAGACAUUCAGAAUGUCUGGGAGUCUAUGAUUUAGGCAUGAGCUCCCUGCCCAGGAGUGGAAAUCUCCCAAAAAUAUAAGCAGCAGUUCUGCACAGUGGGACCGAGCUAUCAUGGCCAACCAGCUGACAUACGAAACUGAAUUUAGUUAGGUAAUAACUGCAGCUACUUACUGUAAUGGACCAAAUGCUAGCUGGCCCAUUGCUUAAUGGUUAGCCACCAAGGCUAAUCUCUCGCAAACCCAGCUCACCACUGUACACAAACCCGGCCACAGCCAGUCCAUACACAUCUCAUCCUGCCCUCCUCCUUCUAUUGGGUCAUAGAGCAUGUGAUUUCAGAGUAUUUGACACAUGCUUUUCAGAUACACAGUAAUGCACAGUAAAGAUUUGUAAACCCAGAAGUUGCGAGGAGUUUUUCUAAAAGCAAAUACAAGUAGGCGAGCAAGGUAUUGGGCAGAAGCGAACUCAUACACAGGUUGUGAGUGUAUCAUGGUAAUGAGCAUGUUUGUUUUAUAAUAUUUUCAAGGUGAGAAUCCUGCAUAGUAUGCCUUUAGGGUUGUACAUUUUGGGAAAACACCUGCCACUGAGUGGAGUUGUGAUGAGGUAGGAUAUGAAACAGGAGGGUGUGAAGUCUUUUUUUAUUUUGUUCCAUAAACAGGGUAGCGCAAAUUCUAUAUUUUUGUUGACAUGCAAUGCACAAUAUGUUUUUUAAAUGUAGUGACAUUGUGUCAUAUAGCUGCAUUGUGUCACAAUCAUUCAGGUGUUACACAAACAGAACACACACACAAUCAGUACAGCAGGGAGGGGAGACCAUAAAACUUUAUUCGAAGAUUUUACAAAAAUUAGGUGGUUUCUUCCAGAUAACUGAUUAUAACUUCCACCAUUUCCUUUCCAGGAAAUUGCUCAAAUUCCUUCACUUUUAGAUUAUUCCAGUCACUAAAAAGAUAUUGAUAUUGAGUCCAUUACAAAAACUAGCACUGCAACUGCAAAGUGUGGAUCCACUGGCAACUGACAAAAAAUCACAGUGAAUAUCCUGUUUCUAUAACAUUACGAUGUUGUGGAAGAAAAGUUUGUGGAAGGAUUUUUCAGAGCCUCAUUGCACACUGUAUGAUGAUGUUGCAUGAAUAAAUAUUCUCCAAGUGAAA